AAGCAGAAUCAGCUUCAGCUUCUCAUUUGUGGAACUACUGAGGAUCAACCAGCGCAACAAUGAGGGUCACCUUUUAUGAGGAAAGAAAUUUUCAGGGUCGCUCUUAUGACUGUACCGGAGACUGUGCUGAUUUCUCCUCCUACAUGAGCCGUUGUCACUCUUGCAGAGUGCACAGCGGAUGCUGGAUGAUGUAUGAUCAACCUCAUUAUAUGGGAAAUCAGUAUUUCUUUAGGAGGGGUGACUAUGCUGAUUACAUGUCUAUGUUUGGAAUGAACAACUGCAUCAGGUCCUGCCGUAUGAUCCCUAUGCACAGGGGAUCCUACAGAAUGAGGAUCUACGAGAGGGAGAACUUCAUGGGCCAGAUGUACGAGAUGAUAGAGAGCGGGAGAGCACAUCAACACAAGCGCAACUUCUGCUUUAUAUUCAGUCCAGAGCGUCCUUACUCAACAAGCUGCAG